UUGUUGUCAUAGACAAUUUUCUUUCGUAGCUUUUUUUUCGACCGCCAAAAUGAAAACAGGUCAUUCAAUUCUGUUUUGACUUUAGCUAACUGAGCUUUAUAGCAAAACAAGGAAGUAAGAGGAUUGUCGGUGGAAAGAUUUUGGACGACGUCUCAAACAGACGUUUGGUUUGAUUCGUUCAACAAUCUCCUUCUGUUAACCCUACUUCGUUCCAGUCGCCUACGUACUAAUUAUAAUCCGCUAAUUAAUCAGUCAGAUUAGCGAUCAAGAUAAGCCGUCAUGUCAUAACUUUAUCACAACUUGUGAGAGAGUUUCAGGGUAAGACUAGUGAUUGAAAACUUGGAAAUGAGGUGGCAUUAAAAAAGAUACAGGAUAGAUACAAGUUUUAAGACGACUAGCAGAUCCAAGAAAGAAUACGACAAAAUGCAAGAAGGUGCCGUGCGGAAGACGACAACAUUCUCUACCGUCUCCAUUUGUCCGAACCCCGCCCAGAAGGUUAAGGACUCUGAGUCUUGUGCUGUUUGCAUUCUAAAUAGCUCCAGGAGGGCUGAUCUUUACUAUAACAACUUUGGAUAUUUUUUCCCAUUAAAUCGAUCACUAAAAGGAAAACUGCGGCAUGACCUUACGCCCUCGGUAUCAAUGACAAUCGAUGAAAACGAGCCGGUAUUCAACACACAAUGAGGCUUAAAGCGGAACUCAAACGCCUUCGGUUCCAAGUCAGAUCUUCCACUAUUGUUGAACUUGACUUCUGUCCAACCUAAACUACUUGCAAGGAAGUAAGUUUAGAGGCGGUUUAUAAAGCAGACUCUGUAAACAUUUGCUGCACGAAACUGGGAAGGACGACCUAUUGCAAGGAUUACGUUUGAAUGGAAUGAACUGAAUCUGGCUUGCUGUUUAUUUACAAUUCUCUUCUCUAGGCGAGCAACUUCUUAAUCCAGUUAUACAAACCGCAGACGUUUGCUGCGACAAUUUUCUCUGUUUACGGGGCGCCUUGAAUUAAAUUCUACAACUAUCACGUGGAACAAUGCAGAGUAGAGGCGAAGCCACUGGCAGACGAAUGUCAUUUCCACAAGACAAUCACGGCCACUUAUUCCAACGAAGCAGGCCUCGGAAUCUUAGCAUUGGGUCAAAUAACAACAUCGAGGAGGAAAAUAGAAUCAUUCGUGCCGCCGUGUUGGGAAAAGAUGGCGUCGGAAAGACAGCUUUUACAGUACGUCUGUUGACACGUCGCUUCAUUGGUGAUUAUGAUGGAACUUUAGGUAAGUUGAAGAUUUGUAAUCAUUACUUCUCGGCAACAAAUUAAAGACACCUUCU